UUACGCUGCUAUAAUCACUGGUUUUAUAUUCCAGCAUUAACAUAUGGUUCUCAUUAGCCUCUUUAAUCACCAGCUUGUCGUUCAUCUCCAAAUUAACACCUUAAAACAUUCAUGGGAUAUUUUUGAGAGCAGAGAAUGAAGUUGAUGUCCGUCUCCCUCAUCUCCAAAAACUGAAGGAUUUUCCACUAUAGACAUUAACACUUUUCAUUUAACCGACCAUUAUGUACUAUUAAUAAUACCGUUAACGUGAAUAAGUUCAGUGAUUUCCAUGGAAUACGUGUGAAACGUAUAGAAACUACAGUCUUUAUAGAGGUCUGAAGUCAGAGAUUGCUGCUUGGUGCUUGCGUGACAUCCUGUGUGUCAUAACAUCAUUAAUUCCUGCACAAGAUAACAAAAACUGGUUGGUUGUAUGAGACAUUAACACCCUUAAGCUUAAUAAUAAUAAUAAUAAUAAUAAUAAUAAUAAUAAUAAUAAUAAUAAUAAAGAAACAAACAUUCAUUUUCAUGUUAGAUACCUAAACCACAUUCCAAGGAUAAAAGAAUAUGAAAUGAUUUAACAGAUAGAAUUAGAUUUAAUAGCUCUUUUAACUUUAGUUAGCAAGAAAAAACUGUUUUAGACGUUUACACGAGUGCCCUGGCCCUUCCUCGGUAAAAUGGUUCAGUAAACUGGACUAAAGAGAGAUUCUUUACCUCCACUGAAGGCAUGAACUCCAUCUAAAAGCACGCUGAGGUAAAUUUCGCUAAUCUGAUAACAUUAACUAGCGCUAUUUAUCUAAAUUAGCCUGCAUUUUUUGCUAACUCCAGGUUAAAUAGCCUUGAUUCCAGUUGAUAAUGUAAUUGUGUAGGCAGCAAGUCAAAUUCUAGCUAAUGCUAAAUAUGUUCAUGUUAAAAAUAUGUUAAUGUUAAAUAUGUUAAAUGUGCCGUUGCUUUAAAUCUAAAAUCAUUUUCUAACCGUUUUAGAUAAAUAACAAAAGUUAAUUUUCACAUGAAAACAUGACAUUGACUUCAUCAGUUAAAACAUUUGCACACUUGAGUACAUUUAAAAUGAGAAACUGUUUUACUCUCACUUGAGUUAUUUUAUUUUAUUUUAUUUUUUAUUGCUGAAUACUUCCUCUUUUAACUGAGAGACAUUUUAAUCACUUUCACUAAAGUAUUUCACUCUCAGAAGUUUGCGCUCCCCUGCUCAUGGCUGUAGUCUCUGCUGCCACCUAGUGUCCGUUUACUGAACCGCAUGGAGCUCAUGGUCAGCUCAGGUGUGCGCUCAGGUGAGGGUUUGGUGAAAUUACACAGACACCUAAACAAUAUUCUGAUAUGAAGAUCCUUUAGAUGAACGAUCCUCUAACUUGGGUGAAACUGCUGAAUAAUCUGUUUAGAAAUCACUAAAAUAUCUCUGAAGAAAUAUCUGGCCAGUGACCAGCUGCUAAACACCGGGGCAGACGCAGCUGUCUGGGGGGCAGAGGGGGCACCUAGAGGGCUGUUUUCUCACAUGUAGGGGAGCCUAUAGGGCCCUGCUUCACCUCUUCUCCCCUGUAGGAGCACAAAGAUCUUUUCACCCUAAAAAGCACUUUCACUGUAUUUUUUCGACCAUGUCCCCCAGUGACCAACUGGACUGGUCAGACUGGUAGGGUGUUUUCGAGCUGGUAAAUGAUCACUGCUAAACUGUUAAAAUGUUAUUUUAUUUUUCUUUUUUUUCUUCACUUUCUACCUGCACUCUCUGAGCACUGAGUCGUGUUUCAGCACGAAUAAUAACAGCUAUAUUAUAAAUAAUUUUAAAUUCAAUUCAAUUCAAUUUUAUUUGUAUAGCGCUUUUUACAAUAGACAUUGUCUCAAAGCAGCUUUAUUUUAAAUCAUCCUAAUUUGUCUUUACAGUUUUUUUUAGAGAUAAAACCGAACAUUUCUUUUGCACUUUAGUUAAAUAAUGCCUAAAGAUUUUACAAGACUUUACAUAUAUGCAUUAAUUCUACACUGCAUGUAUUAAUUCUACACUGCAUGUAUUAAUUCCGUUCUAUACAGUAUGUGUUAAUGCUACACUGUGCAUCAUCCUCUUUUCAUCGUCUUCCCCUCGAUCUUUAUCCCAGUAACCAUGACAACGGUCCACUAGCCGCCCCCCCCCCCCGCGCCCGUGCAGACACCGCGCGGCCUCUCAGUCGCAGCAGAACGGAGCGCGAGCGUGACGCCACGGAUGCGCGAGCCAGGCGCAGACCAAUGGCGCGUGAGCAGCUGUCCGCGAAACCGCCAACCUUAUGGAUGAAGAUUCAGCAUCAAACACACCGAGAGAGAAACCGGAGCGGAACGAGUUCCUCUGAGAGCAGCUCUCUCUCUCUCCUGAACCUGUCUAACGGCGCGGGAUGCGAGGCGCUUUACUGCACGAGACCAUCUUCACCAUCUUCACCUUUCUUCACCUGAGGGAAGAGAGAUGGAGGCGCGGGCGGACUCCUCGUGAUUCAUCCUCAUGCCGCAGCAAUGAGUAACACGCACCCCAACUCCUCUACUUUAAUCCCGGAUGUGCAGGAGGUGAGGAACGUGAGCGUGGAGCUACUGCCCCUCAACCCCUGGGAUGUGGUGCUGUGCGUGACGGGUACGCUGGUGUGCUGUGAGAACGCCUUGGUGCUCGCUUUGAUCGCCCACACUCCCUCACUGCGAGCGCAGACGUUUGCGCUUGUAGCCAGCUUGGCGUCUGCCGACCUGCUGGCCGGUCUGAGCUUGAUCCUGAACUUCAUCGUCAUCUACAUGACGGACACUGACAUCGUGACGUUGCUGUCAGCCGGCCUGCUCAUCACCGCCUUCUCAGCCUCGGUGCUGAAUGUGCUAGCCAUCACCGUGGACCGCUACCUGUCACUGUACAGCGCUCUUACAUACCACACAGAGCGCGCAGUCACCUUCACCUAUGUGGUGAUGAUGCUCGUGUGGUCUACCAGUGCCGCACUUGGUUCGCUGCCCGUGCUUGGCUGGAACUGUCUGCGUGACGAAACCACAUGCAGCAUCUGUCGGCCCGUGCACAAGAGCAACGCGGCCGCGCUCGCCAUCUCCUUCCUCCUCGUCUUCGCCCUCAUUCUGCAGCUAUACCUCCAGAUCUGCAAGAUUGCCGUGCGUCAUGCGCAGCAGAUUGCUGUGCAGCGCCACUUCAAGGCCGCCUCUCACGCCGCUUCCGCAGCCAAAGGCGUCUCCACGCUGUCAGGCAUUUUGGGCACAUUUGCGCUCUGCUGGGUUCCACUUGCCAUGUACUCACUGGUGGCAGAUACGUAUUAUCCAGCAACUUACACAUAUGCCACUGCUCUUCCAGCUAUCUGCAGCUCCAUGAUAAACCCCAUCAUCUACGCUUUCAGAAACCCGGACAUCCAGAGGUCACUGAGGCUUACUUGUUUCGGAUGUAUGCCCUACGGCUUUACAACGCGACCACGGACACCUAGUGAUGUGUAACUCUUUUCUAAAUGCAAAAGCUACGGCAGUAAUCUUAAAAUAUCACUCCAGCAGUUUUCAGUCCGUAUCUUUAUCUAUAGCUUCUGUAGCGUGUGCGAUUACCAGAAACAAGAAUUCCUGAGAAAAGAAUCGAAAACCUGAAACUCACUUAUAAUGGAAGCCCUUUUGGUAGAAGUCUUCAUCCGAAGCCCUAAUCUGACUUUCCAGAGAUGAAACUAGUCUUUUAGAGGGAAGAAUUAGAGCGUACGUGUUGCGUGGGUAUGAUCAUGCACAGAUAUGCCAAAUUCUUGUGUAAAGUGUAAAUAACUGCUUUUUACUGUAUUGUUCCAUGUAUAUGACUUGUACGUUAAUUGAAGAAAUUCAGGAAAUAUCCAUAGACUUCUAUUCUAAGUGAAUACGGUGUGAAGAUUUUCUCCUCUUUCCUCAGUACAGGUAAAGUUCUUGUGGUGGUAAUCACACAGAGAGAACAGCUACAGCUGAUAGACGUGAGGUUAAAAACUGCUGAGGUAUGACCUUAACAUGCACAGAGGGUCCACAUAUUGUAAUGAUCAUGCGUAUGGAAGUUGUGUGUUGUCUGUGAAAUCUGAGUGUAAUGAUCUUAAAAUCACGGCGUGCUAGUGCUCAUAGGGGUGUUUAAUGUCAACAUGGUUUCAUAGCUUCAGUUUAAAUAUGAAAGAAAUAGUGCUGACUCCCAUUUCAUUAACGCUUAUUUAAGCACCAAACACAAAUGUAGCAUGAAUCCUUUGUGGUCACUGUGAAAUGCCUACAGGCUUCCGAGACUUUCAUCAGAACUGAUGGAGAGCAGAGCUCAUGAAUGUUCAGUGCAUUGCUGGAGGUAUAUUUAGAAAUUGGUUUAUUCACUUGAAACUCAGGUUUAAAGGCAGUCAUGAGCGUGAAAUGCUGCAAUACUUGAUAUCACCUGCACGAUGAGUGCUUUGGCAGUGAUAGAGCACAGUUUGGUCAUUUUUCUGUACUGUACUACAUCUACUAUACCUGAUCAUGAAAUAUCACCUUGAAUCAGAUUUGUUAGAGCAGAGAAAUCCCCAAACUGUACUGAGCUCUGGCCUAGAGGUGUACGCGGUAGGCUUGUGUGAUACUGACUCGUCUCUGCUUGUUAUUUAUUAUUUACAAAAACCGUGAUAAAUGCAUUUAAUUGUCAAGAACCAAAAGCCCCCCAAAAACAGAAAGGAAAGCGAUCAUUCCACCAUGUCAGGUGUAGGGAGAGUACGGAGGAGUAAUAUCACCAGCAGAGCGGUCGGGAACUGCUUACAGGCAGAGCCAAUCUCCAAAACUCCAAAUCAAAAUAUACUUACCUGAUUUUAACUCUAUACGUGUUUGGUGUUCAGUAAGCGGAACACGCACUGAUGGAUUUAAUUUCCCAUUAAUGAACUCGAAAACAUUCUCUGUUCACCGUCACAGAAAACGAGAGCGCCGCAAGUCCAGGUGAGAGCAGGUGAGAUGGUGGAAGUGGGCGGGACUUCCAAGAGACACCAGUUGAUAUCAGAGUACAAAACACCUGCGCAAAUCUCUCCAGAUUCAUGUGUCGACUGGAUCAUCUCUCGCUUUAUCGGGGAGGAAAAGACGGAUCUUCUGCAGUGUUUUUGAGUGAGAACUCGUACUAGCGUAUUCCGAUGUUAAAUCUCGUAGCUCGGACGUUAAAUAUCACACAAGUCUAGUGCACAUUACUGCUUUCUUUAUUCUACCGCAGUUGUUUUGAAUGCACACCUUUACUCCGUCCCUCCAGGAUGGCUGUUGGGCAGCACAGCCUUAACCCAGAGCUGCAAUAGAGCACCAUUCAUAAACAACAUGCAUUUACACGCUAACACUGAAGGACGUCACGGAAACACAUCCUGUGCUACAAAGGCAUCGUAAUGGGAAGCGUUUACACAGCAAAAAACCUACAGGCUUUAUAUAGACAUGCAUAAUGAAGUUAAUUCCACAGUGUUCAUUCAACACCAAGUUUUUUUGCUUUGUACGAUAAACAUUAUUCGCAAAUGUGUUCCUGUAAGAUAUCAGUAGGGCAGUAGAUUGCAGUUAGGCAGUGUGUUCACAUAGGUCCAGCUCGGUAGUGUAGUUACUGCAUCUAUUGCCAUUAUUCUCAAGCUAUAUCUAUUGUUAGCAUUUCUGAUGGAAAAUUGCCAUAGAAAAUAAUCAUAUUAGUUACGGGGGUUUGGGGGCGUAGAUAUAUGAAAAUACUGAAAUGUGUUUUAUGCAUUUGUAAUCAAGUUUUGUCAUGGCAACUACUAACUUUAAUGUUAACACCAGCUAACAUUAGCUUUCGAAGUCACCCAGUGUCAUGAUUUAUCUGUUUAUAGUUCCAGCUAAUGUUCCAGGACAUCCUGGAAGUUAAGUUAUAGCAUUCAUGAACAGUUGUUUCCUCACCUCUCUUUCUUCUCUCUCGAAGACAAAAACGCAGCUUGCCAUGUUACCGAGAAACCACAAAACGUGAACUCCUCUGUCCUGAACUCCUGCUAACCGCUACAUAUACAGCCUUAGAUCAUUUAAAACCGGAUUUACAGAAAUACGCAUUUCUGUAAAGCUGCUUUGUGACCAUGAACAUUGUUAAAAGCACUAUACAAAUCAAAUUUAUUUGAACUGAAUUAGUUUAUGUAUAACAUCCACCGUACACGUCCCUGAGAACCAGCUGUUACUAUAGAAACGAUAACGUAUGAAUAUAAACCUGUGAUUGAUGUUAAUUCUGUAUGAGCUGCUGUUACAGAAACGUAAUCCACACCUUCUGAUACAAGAAGUAAAGAGCGUUAUGGUAUAAAUCGUUGUAUCACGCAGCCCUAAUGUCGUUCAGCCAUGUUAUCAACGUUAGACAUCAAGAGUAAACGUACCGUGUUUAGAAAACUUCCCCAUAAACUAUUGCUAACUUUGCAAAAACAAACCACUUACGACCACAGGUUAAAAUUUUCUGUCAAAAUCCACUAAGUUGCAUCAUGAUGUCAGUUUGGAGAGAAGUAGAAAUCUCUGAUUAAUUUUGCCUUACCCGUGUUCUCAGUGGCAAUAACGUACCGUACUGUGUCUAUUAAUAACAAAAAUGCAUAAUGAAGUAAUAAUAUUCUUUUGUAAAACUAUUAGAGGCAAAUAAACCUGCUCUAUGCUUGUCAUCACAUUUGUGAUAAGUAGCUUGCUAGCCUGUAAGGUGUCACUGAGCACUUACAGAUCUAUGAUAUUAUCUCAAUACUGUGCACUGAAUAAUGGAUCUCGUGGUGUAUGCUUGAGUUUGUAUGUUUGUAGAUCAGCCAAAGAGCUAAUUGUAAAAAAAAAAAAACAACAACAACAAAAACAAUGUCCAUUUUUUAAAAGUGUAUUGUACAAACCGCACUAUUCCAAAUAUUCUUGCUGAUUGAAGAUGUCAGUAUAUUUGAAUGUAUGGUGCCAAGAUCUUUCUGUUGAAUGACGUCGAAAUCUAUUCGUUGAUUUUGUAAAGACGCGUUUGCACUUAUGUUUAAAGUUCAAUUCAAACUCGUGGUUAAUAAUUCAACUAUUUUUUUAGAGUAAAAUGUUUUGCAUUCAUUUUAAGUAGCUACUUGGGUGUUACAUCAGAUGUUUGCCUUGAUCCACGAUCCAUAUUUGAGUGAUUUGCAUUAAUAAGAUGGUUUUAUUAAUGUAAGUAUUUGAGUGUUUCUAUAAACGUCACCUCAUUGCUCCAAACA